UACAAUAAUUUUACGCAGAAUUUUGUGUGGAUGGAAAGUCAUUUCUGUCGAUACAAGUAGUUUGCCUGUCGCGAUUUAUGGCAGCCUAUGGUACAACCUUAAAAGAAACCAUAGCGUUCUGCACGUGAUUACAAUAGUGUCACUCAUUAGAAUCUUUGCUCUGUAUGGUCUCGUGCAUGGCUUUGGAAAGGUGCAUUUGAAGUUAGCUUUGUUGCGCUCCUCUUCCUCUUCAGAUGUUCCCGAGCAAAACGGAAACAUUGUUUACAACAGAGAUACAAUGAAAAGAACCGAGACACACCCCAGACCAACCGCAGGUUGCCUCUCAGUGCCUUUAUUUAACCAGAGGAAACGCAGCAGAUUGCCCCUGACAUCAAAUCCCUCAGAAAAUGAACUCUGCUCUGAGAUAGACUUUAAUGAUGACUUUGCUGAUUCCUCCUUCCCGUCAGGCAACGUGGCGUAUACACCGAGACAGACGCAGAGUCAGAGCCAAAGGCCCCCACUGCCGGUUGCACCGAGAGGGCAGUGGAAUCAUCAACCAGUCACCCAUCAGCCUCAGCAGCUCAGCAACCAACCUGUUCGGUACCCUGGACCACCUGUGACGGGAUACGCACCUGUUCCUCACCCUCGCACACCUGCCAACACCUGGUCUCAGCACAGUGCUCCAAGCAGGCAGGACACUGUGAUGCCCACUAACCAAGGACAGAGUGGCUCUUCCUACGGCCGAGGAAUUGUGCACCACAGCCGAGGAAACAUGCAGUUCAAACCUAAACCUCCUAACCACCAGCCGCACAGUGCACUUGGCCGGCAGGAGACUUUUGUGCCCACUAACCAAAGACAGACUGGCGCUGCCUAUGGCCAAGGAAAUGUGCCCCACAGCCAAGGUAGCAUGCAGUCCAAACCCAAACCUCUGAACCACCAGCAGCUGACAGUGCAGCAGUCUCUCAGCAGACAGAGCCAUGGCUCUGGGGGUGUAAGGCAGGGUGGGGUCCCAUUCAGUGGCCCACGUUUCCCCCCUGCUACACCUGAACCUCAGAAGCAAACCCCACAGUGGAAGUUCAAGUUAUUACCCCAGGGUGGACCGACAAAAAAAGUCAACAUAGGCUUUAAUGCCACACAGUCAACCCAGUCAACCCAGUCACAGCAAGGACAAAUGUGUCCAAAGUCACAGCAGCAGAAGUCUCCAGUAUUGCAGGUGAAAUCCGUGAGCGAGAAGUCUCUCCGCAUACUGACUGUUGUCAUCGAGGGCAUGAGACACUGGAGUCAAUUCAAGAACAAAGCUCCAAUGUUAUUUGAGCUUUUUGCAACUCUGGACUCAGCAGUCACAGACGGGAAGUACAGUGCCAAGCAUUUUCUCGUGCGGACAGGGAGAGAUGUUGUGUCGUGUGUUUAUUUUGAACAUGACCACGAACUUCCAAAGAUUUUCAGAGGCUUGGUGCACCGUUGCAUGGGAAAUUAUGACCGGCAGAGCGACACCUUCACCUGCGUGUCAGUCAGGCUGGCCUCCCGCUUUGAGCAGAAGAAUUCCCAGGAGGCUAUUAGGGCAUCAGACGAGGAAAUGAGGCAGGUGGGCCAGUCCCUAAGUGAAAUAUGAACCGUAGCAUACAACACCGAUUGACUGUGUAACACCAUACACAGAUGUGUGCCUAUACAGAGACACAGAACGUGCACUUUGAGAGUCUUGAAUUCUGGCUUUUCAGGGACCACUUAGUUUGUUCCUCACUUACACAAUGUUCAGUGUGAAGCUCUAUAUUUAUUUAUUCCAGGAGAAAUAAGGUUAACUUGUUUUGUUGCUGCUGCAAGAAGUUCCUUUCUUAAACCAUGACAUUUAUUUAUUAAACACUUGACAUGACUGUAAAGAAGAACUUUUUAUAGCUCCUCACAGGACUCAAGUUAUUGUUGAAUCAA